AUGCUUGUCGCAAUAGAUUCAGCUACACCUCUUGAUGAUGCUGGUAACAGUGGAAACUUCAUGAUGGAUAAUGCUGCUGAACCAUUUGGUGGUUAUGGUGGUCCUAUGCGUACCUAUGGCAGGAUGUAUGGAAGCAUGGAUUUUGAUGAUGUCGCAAUAGAUUCAGCUACACCUCUUGAUGAUGCUGGUAACAGUGGAAACUUCAUGAUGGAUAAUGCUGCUGAACCAUUUGGUGGUUAUGGUGGUCCUAUGCGUACCUAUGGCAGGAUGUAUGGAAGCAUGGAUUUUGAUGAUUGGGGUUAUGGCAUGGGUGGGGGAAGACCUUCACGAGCAGAUUUGAGGUACAGGCCUUACUAA